CAGCUGGCCAAGACGACUGAUCAGUUCUUGCACAUCACAAACUGAAUCCAUUAAGGGAAUAUUUAGUUAACAAGCAAUUAAUCUUUUUUUAACAUGUUGGAAAUGCUUGAGUACAGUCACUACCAGGUGCUGUCCCACCUGGAGAACCCCUCUAAGUACCACCUCCAGCAAAGCCAGAGACAGCAGGUGAAGCAUUACCUGUCCAGUGCGCUGGGAGCCAAGCUAAGCCCACAGGCCAGCACAGGGCCAGGUCCCAGCCAGCCACCGGAGCACGGCAUGCCCCCUGGACCAGGAGCCAGUGCUCCGAAUAGCCCUAUGGCCCUUCUCACCCUCAACUGUGAGAAAGAGAUGGACGAUGUAAUUGAAGACAUCAUAAGUUUGGAAUCAAGCUAUAACGAUGACAUUCUUGGCUUCAUGGACGCAGGACUUCCAAUGACUAAUACGAUUCCACUGUCUGGAAACCUGUUGGAAAUGUACAGCAAUCAUGAUCUUGCUCCAUCAGGGGUUUCCAUUAGCAACUGCCUAUCUAAUUUACCGGCUGCCAAAAGGGAAUUAUCCGUUACCCCAGCACCUGGCAUGAUGCACAUAAUGGACAAACCUGGACCGUGUGGCAAGUUUGACUCCUAUCAAAGGCUGGAAGGCUUUCCAGUAGAGGCAGAGGUCAGAGCUUUGGCAAAAGAAAGACAAAAGAAGAACAACCACAACCUAAUUGAACGAAGACGGCGCUUUAAUAUAAAUGACAGAAUUAAGGAGCUGGGGACAUUAAUUCCCAAAUCAAAUGACCCGGACAUGAGAUGGAACAAAGGGACCAUUCUGAAGGCUUCUGUGGAUUAUAUUAAGAAACUGCAGAAAGAGCAGCAGAAAGCAAAAGAGCUGGAGAAUAGGCAAAAGAGACUAGAACAUGCAAAUAGACACCUAAUGCUUCGUAUUCAGGAUUUUGAGAUGCAAGCCCGUGCUCAUGGACUCGCCAUUGUUCCCUCACCCACUCUUUAUUCCUCUGACUCGGUUGCUCGAGCGAUCAAGCAAGAGCCCAGUAUGGGGGACUGCACCUCCAAUCUAUACCCUCACCUCCCCUGCCCCGACAUCUCCCGGCCCACCACUCUGGACCUCAACAACGGCACCAUCAGCUACAAUGACAGCCCUACAGAGGAGGGGGAACUGGGGGUCUAUGACAGCCCCACCAAGGACUCCAGCAAGCUGGAUGACAUGCUUUUGGACAACACUCUGUCUCCAGUGGGCAGCAAUGACCCCCUGCUGUCCUCACCUAUUCUAUCCAACAAUAACAGCAGUAGCAGCAGCAGUAUGGAUGAACAUGAGAAUGGCUGUUAGCAUUGCGAACAAACUUGGAGGAACCAAAGUUAGAUGAUUCGAUGUUUCCAUCUUUGUUUAAUGAAAUGUUACCGAGAGUGUGGAGUCUACAAUGUAUAAAACAUUUUCUUAGUCGGUAGUUUUGUCUUGAUUUCCACAAAAAUAUUGAAACAUCCUUUUAAACAAGACAAAAUUUACUUUUAAAAGCAAAAUUGUAUAAGAUAAUAGGACUUAUUUCCAGAGGCUAUAUCUUGAAUGAAGGUUAUUUUUCUUGCCCCAUUUUUUUCUUGUUAUAAGCAUAAACCUCACAUUAUUUUGUAUCAUUUUUGUGAGAUUUUCAUGAUUAAAUAUUUUUACUGGAACAUAAGACAAAAAUACUGUAAAACAAAAUUGAAGUAUAUUGGAAAAUGAUACCAUAUGGCAUGUAACAGUACAUUCAGUUGAAUAUUUAGUGUAAAUAUUUUUUAAUGUAUCAUUUGAGUGUACUCGUUUAGAAUGACUGUGGUUUUUACAGUGCAUUGAUUAAUGAAGGAUUUCUAUGAAAACAAUUUGAAGAACUCCCAGACACUUAAAGUAAAAUUCCAGCA